AUGAAUUUGUCUGCAACACAUCCUCUGAUGCUCCUUUUAAUAGGUGUCAUCUUUGUAAAACAAGCAUCUUUAACUUUCGUGAAAACUGUGAACAGUGGAACUACUGUCACUCUUUUGUGUUCAAACAUCUUGAAAGAGCCCAGUUACAUAGCCUGGUUCAGGCAGACAAAUUAUUCUCUGCCACUUUGCAUUGCUACUCAAUAUGUGAGUGUAAACCCAGUGGACUCCAUAUAUUUUAAUGGCUUUAAGAAGAAUCAUGUAGAGAUGUCAGUGAACAAAACAUUUUCUUCCUUGAAGAUUGUAAAUGUGGACGUCUCUGACUCUGGAAUUUUUUACUGUGGAAGCUUUUUGACAAACCACAUGAUGUUUCACGACAAAACACAGUUAGUGGUAGUAAAUGAGACUAAUCAUUUUGAAGAGGAUAUUGCAAGUGUGGAUUGUGGGGCGGCUGAAGAAACUUCGAGAUCCUGCCAUGUCUAUUAUACACUGACAGUGAUUCUGAGUGGCUUUUUUCUUUUGCUUCCCACUGUAUUUGUGAUUGUAGUCUUACUCAGAUUGAAGGAAAGAAACAAGCAGAAGGAUGCCCAGUCUCAGGGUCACAAUGAAGAGAUGCACAGUCACUUGCAAAAGGUUUUCAAAAAAAUUUAA